AUGACGUUUCUAGUGGUAGUGGACUGGAUCAUGCAGGAAAAAACUAGAGAUAGCAAGAGAGGAGUCCAGUGGAAUUUCACUCAGUGUUUGGAAGACCUCGACUUUGCAUACGAUCUCUGCCUUAUUCCCCAGAAGUAUGAACAUAUGCAGCUCAAGACAAAUAGCUUAAAAGCUUGCAAAGGAAGAAGAGCAAAGACAGGUCUACAGGUGAACAAUGACAAGACAGAGGUAAUGCGACUCCACAACAAACAGCAAACCCCAAUCACGGUUGGAGAACACAACCUGAAAGACGUAGACUCCUUUACAUACAUAGGCAGCAUCGUCAAAACCACUGGUGGAACAGAUGAAGACAUAAAAGCAAAAAUUAAUCAAGCAAGUCACGUCUUCAUCAACCUCAAGCCUGUCUGGAGUUCAACAACACUGUCCACACGCAUAAAACUUCGUAUCUAUAACAUCAAUGUUAAGUUUGUGCUCCUCUACGCGUCUGAAACAUGGAGAGUCACCAACACCAUCUCCAACAAACUACAAACCUUCGCAAACAGAUGUCUGCGCCACAUAAUAAACAUCAGGUGGCCAGAAAAUAUAAACAACAAGAACCUGUGGGAAACAACAAAUCAAGACCAAUCACUGAGCAAAUAG